CAUUCAACAAUCAACAGUACACGAAAUGCAAUUGCAUCCAUUAAACUGAAUGGCACUCUUUUAUGCGUAAAGCAUAUGAAAACUAUCCCAAUUUCUUCUUUUUUUCUUCUUUCAUUUUUGGAUUCUCCCCCCCUUUUUUUAUUUUUAUUUUUAUUUUGAGAAAUCAACCUGAAAGAAAAGGAAAAUUAAAAUCCAAAUUUCACUAAAAAAAAUUGGAAAUUUGUUGGCUAUAAACUUAACUACUAUUACCUACUCUCAAUUUCUUUCUAUUUCCUCUGUAUAUUUAGAUACCCACCUGAAUUUUCCUGUUUUGAAUCGUCAAAUUGAGUAUGAAAGUUUAAAAUCAAGUUGAUUUUGACUUUUUUUGAUUAAUAAGUUUUCUGGGUUUUUGAAGGAAUUGACGGUUGCGUGUUGUUUUGAUACUGGGUCAUUCUGAAAGUUUUCCUCAGAUCUUGUUUAAAUGGCGGCCAUACUAGCUUCACAGAGCUCUUGUUGCCGCAAUAUGGAGUUAUGUCAACAAAGAACAUCAGUUGAUGACUUUAGUGCUUCAUGCUCAAUCUCUGGGAGAAGAUUUCACAAGUUUGAGAGGUCUGUCAGUAAUCUACCGGCAUUUCGCAAAGGCUUGAGUUUUCAGGUGGUGAUGCGACAAACCAAGGAGCCAGCAGACUUGGAAAGCAAUAAUCGGCCAGUCACAAUGUUGCCAACUAAUGAAGUGCUGAAAAAUUCAAGGAAUUCAUCUACUAACAAAGCUAAAUCAGUGAAUGGUAUCAAGCAGAAUAUUAAUGGAGCAAGCAAGGGCAUCAAUGGAGCAAGCAAGGGCAUCAACGGAUCAAGCAAGCAGAUUAAUGGAGUGAGCAUAGUUAAGAGAGAAGCUGCUUCCUCCUUGGUUCAGAGGUCAAAAGUUCUAGUUGAUCCAGGACUUCCUCCUCUAGAGGAGCCAAGGGUAAUGCCAAGUGAUGCAGGGUUUAGUUGGGCGAAUGACAACUACAAUUCUGUCCAAAGGUCUAUCGAUGUCUGGUCAUUCGUUCUUUCUCUUCGUAUACGUGUUUUACUCGAGAAUUCAAAAUGGGCAUACAUAGGUGGAUUGGAUGAAGAGAAGCAAAAGAAAAGAAGGAAAAAAACUGCUGCAUGGCUGAGGGAACGUGUGCUGCAGCUUGGUCCUACUUUUAUUAAAGUGGGGCAACUAUCAUCUACAAGAUCUGAUCUAUUUCCUCGAGAGUACGUGGAUGAGCUUGCCAAGUUGCAGGAUAGAGUCCCUGCGUUUUCAUCAAAGAAAGCAAGAGAGUUCAUUGCUGCCGAGCUUGGAGCCCCUGUUGACAUUCUCUUUAAGGAAUUUGAAGACCAGCCAAUUGCUGCUGCUAGUCUUGGUCAGGUUCAUCGAGCUAUCUUGCAUAACGGGGAGAAAGUAGUCGUAAAAGUUCAAAGGCCUGGCUUGAAGAGGCUUUUUGAUAUUGAUUUGCAAAAUUUGAAGCUGAUAGCAGAAUUUUUCCAGAAUAGUGAAUCUCUAGGGGGUCCAACUAGGGAUUGGAUUGGUAUAUAUGAAGAAUGUGCGACAGUUCUGUACAAAGAAAUAGAUUACAUCAACGAAGGUAAAAAUGCUGAUCGAUUCCGCCGGGAUUUUCGAAAUGUCAAAUGGGUUCGAGUCCCUGUGGUCCACUGGGAUUACACUGCCUUAAAGGUAUUGACCUUGGAAUAUGUUCCAGGUAUUAAAAUAAAUAGGUUGGAUAAGUUGGAUGCGCGUGGCUAUAAUCGUCCUCAAAUCGCGUCACGUGCUAUUGAAGCAUACUUAAUUCAGAUACUGAAAACAGGCUUCUUCCAUGCUGACCCUCAUCCUGGAAAUCUUGCUAUUGAUAAGGAUGAAGCAAUCAUCUAUUAUGAUUUUGGAAUGAUGGGAGAAAUUAAAACUUUUACGCGAGAGAGAUUGCUGGAUUUGUUUUAUGCUGUUUAUGAGAAAGACGCAACAAAGGUGAUGAAAAAUCUCAUUGAUCUUGGAGCACUUCAGCCUACAGGAGAUCUCUCAGCGGUGAAGAGAUCAGUACAAUACUUCUUAGACAAUUUGUUGAGUCAAACACCAGAUCAGCAGCAAACUUUGGCUGCAAUUGGCGAGGAUUUAUUUGCCAUUGCCCAGGAUCAGCCCUUUCGCUUUCCAUCGACCUUUACCUUUGUCAUUAGAGCAUUUUCAACUCUUGAAGGUGUUGGCAAAUUUGUUGACCCAAACUUCUCCUUUGUGAAGAUUGCUGCACCUUAUGCACAAGAGCUCCUCGAUCUUAAAGAAGGGCGACGUACUGGAGUUCAGCUUGUGCGGGAGAUAAGGAAACAAGCUGAAGAUGCCAGAGACUACACUGUAUCUAUGCCGUACCGAGUCCAGCGCAUAGAAGAGUUUGUUAAGCAACUCGAAACAGGAGACUUAAAGCUGCGAGUACGGGUUCUUGAGUCUGAAAGAGCGGCUCGGAAGGCGACAAUAUUGCAAAUGGCAACCAUGUACACAGUUCUGGGUGGUACCCUGCUGAACCUGGGGGUCACCUUCAGCAGCCAAGGAAGUGAAAUGGUCGCUAAUGGUUCAUUUGUAGGCGCAGGUGUUUUCUUGACAUUGCUUAUCAGGUCCAUGCAAAGAGUGAAGAAGCUUGAUAAGUUUGAAACGAUGAUAUGAUACUCGAAUUCCUUCGUAAAGCACUGUAGAAAAUAUGUAUACUCUAUGUAGGUAUAGUGUAGAUAAUAGCUCAAAGGUAAAUGCCUUCUCAUAUGAUGAAGUUGGGAGGGGGAGUACAUAGCCAUUGUCAUGGUAAUGUAGUUUAUACGAGGAAGAACACACCGUAUGGAUGAAGAUGGACAUCACAAUUAUACUUUUACUGUGAUAAAGUCCAUGGAUCAUUAGUGUUUUUGUCAUCCAUUAAAAACUCCAAUUAUUCAUUUAUUUGUAUUGAUGUUUUAUAAACAUGUUGGCCUUUUGCAAUACUAUUUCUUUCAAAGUUA